UCAUUCACUCACUCAUUAAUUUGUCAUUCGUUGUGUUCCAAAUUGAAUCAUAUUUUAAAUAAUUAAAUUUGAAUAAAAUAAAGUGAGCGCAACCAAGAAGCCGCUUCGAUAGAUACAGGUGAAGGUCAACUACAGAAAUCGUUAACGAUGGCUGAAAUCGAAGAAAAAGUGAUUAUGACCCCUAAGGGUAAGACUGCAAACUCAACGACGUUGGUGGUGGAGAGGAAAGCAGUGGAGGCUGAAGCCAGUGAUAAAAUUCAUGUGGCUGGAGGGGACCACACUGGAAUUAUUAUAAAUAAAGAAAAGGUUUAUGAGAAUGGCGUGUCAGAGCCGUGUCAAGCACAAUUGGAGUUCCGAGUGUACCUGGUGUCGGCAGCGACUGGGUCCCACACGCGUGAGGCGCGGGCGCUGCGCUUCUGGUUCAAACCACAGCUGCCACCCAACGAGAGGACCCAUGAGGCACAGGGAUUCUUCCGAGAAUUAGUUAGCCCACAGGACUUUCCUAAAGAUUAUGUUGGCUUCAUAAAGAAAAUAAUGAAAUUGAUGCAACACAAAUACCAUCAGCUUAAAAUGUUGGAGGUAGAACUUCGACAAGAAGGGUGCGGGCCACCUCCACCUGAAGCGAAUGGCGUUAUAACGAGUAAGAGCGUUAUUUACAACUUUUGUAAUGGCUUGUUCAUAGAAGACAGUGUGGCGAAUCAAACACCUGUUAUAUCAGAACAAAGGGUGUUGGACAUGAUUGAGAAUGCUUAUCCGAACCCACUCACUGUUGAGGACUUUGUCACGGCAGGAAAAUGGUCGAAAGCAGAAGUAAAAGAUGCGUUAGAAUCUCUGGAAGAGAAGGGUCUGACGCGAGCAAUGUCGGAAGGUCUUUACGUCAGACAACAUAGUGUUGAUACUCAGGUGGUGAAACAAAUGCCGACGCUCUGUUCGUCGAGACAACCCAGCAUCGCGGUCAUUACCGCGCUGUAUUGCGAAAAGCAAGCCGUCGACGCCAUGAUGGAAGAUCAGGAGACCUACGUGCGGUAUACUACUGUUGGCGAAUCCAAUGUGUACACUUUGGGUACGAUCGGCGCCCACCGAGUGGUCACCACCAAGUUACCGUCCGUGGGGCGGACCAGAGAAGCUAUGACUGCAGCUGGCAACACCACCACCAGAUUGCUUGGAAUCUUCCAAAAGGUGGAGUAUGUGUUCCUGGUGGGAGUGGGUGGUGGAGUUCCCCACUACACGGACUACGCGCAGCACGUGAGACUGGGUGAUGUUGUCGUUUCCACUCCGGCGGCUGAUUUACCUGACAAGUACGUGUAUAUAUUCUGCGAGAAAGCAGAACGGAACGAUAAAGGCGGGUGGGACUAUGAGGUGAAGCCAUAUAAACCUGCAAACUACCUUCUUCAAGACAUCGCCAUUCGACUCACCAAGACUCGCGCGCCGUGGGACUCCUACGUCAGUGAAGGUUUACAGCGACUACGCGGCGUGCCCGGACACUGGGAGCCGCCAGAGGGCGCCACCGACCGCCUGUGCGUCGAAGUCGGAGAAGGCGCCUACAUUGAAGUGUCUCACCCCGCGCCGCAAGGGGACCAGAUCGACAAGCCGGGCGGGCUGCGCGUGUCGUGUGCGCCGGUGGCGGGCGGCCGCAGCGUAGCGGGGUCGGGGGAGGCGCGCGCCGCCUUUGCCGCGCAUGCGCGGGCGCUGGCCUACGACUGCGAGCUGGACGCCGUGCUCGACAGCGUCAUCGGGAACAGGAAGGACUGCUUCAUAUCUAUACGAGGUAUAUCAGACUACCGCGACGGCACCCGCGGCAAGGAGUGGCAGCCGCACGCGGCCCUGGCCGCCGCCGCCGUCAUGAAAGCUAUCAUCGCCGCCAUGGAACCGCCCACCGACUGAACACCCCACCACAUACAACUACACCCCGUUAAAAAUUGCCUAACACUUUCAGCAAUACUUCUAUAGCUAUCUUUCCGAACCCAAGUGUUAGUGCGAUUAUAACAGAAAAGUGCUGGGGUAACCCAAGCCACAUAGAAACAAAUUCAACUAAAAAGUAAUAUGCAAAUUCACAUUUGCGCAUAUAAAAACAAUAUUGCUUUUUUUUUAGACGAAUUGCUUUAAUGUGGCCUUUUUAACCCCCCUGAUUCCUGUAGAGACCAACUUAAUUUUAAUUUAGUUUAACAGCUCUAACUAGCUCUGUCUUGCACUCGUCGAAAGUGACUGUUUAAAGCUGUUAGACUAAAAUCAAAUUAGUCGGCACCAGUGUACAUAAUAUGAAAGUGUUAAUUGGAAUGACAGCUGUCAAAACAGUACAUUUAUCUGAUAUAUCUCUCUCUAUUUUUUGUCUUGCUGUCAUUCGAAUUCAACUAUUUUAACGGGGUAUACUUCCACUACAUUCACAUAAGAACAUUCACAAUGAAAGCGCGGGAGAGGCAUUUGACUAAUUAGAAGUUUGAUAUCAUUUUGAUGCGCCCGCGCGUUUAUUGUGAGUGAGCGGAAAAAUUUCACCAAAUAAUCAGCAACUUUAAAAUAUAUUGAUGUGUGUUUUCGCACUCUUUUCCUGACUCCACAACUUAUUGGUAAGUCUUGACAAAUAAUAAACAUACAAUACUUUAGUCUGACUAGUAAUUUACAGGUUUUACUUGCCUUAAUAUUGGCUGUUUUACAUAUUAGUACAUGUUAUACAUAAUAUUUAAAAUGUUUACACCUUAGAAUUAUUUACACUGACGUAGUGAUAGUGACAUUAUAAACGAAACUUUAGUGAGAUUACGUGUCGCAAAAUGCAUAAUUAUUUAUUUAUUUAAUCAAAUAUAUUCUUGCUUGUUUGCAUUAUAGUAUUUUACGUAGCAUAAAGCCUAUUGCCAAAUAUCUAGUUGUGUCAAACAUAGCGCUCAAAGUAAGUCUUCCUGUUAGGGGGCCAAACGAGAAUCGCUUUUGUUUCAUUCGCCAAAUGGUAUUAUUUGCAAGAACAGUUACCAAACAUAAUAUUUGAAAAAUAUUACAUAAACUCCAUUAUUGGGCCGAUAUAGAUUUUCAUUCCAGGUAAGUCGAAAAAUGACAGCUAUGCAUUUUUAUUUAAGGCAUCUAAUUGUUAUAAGGUUAUGAGUAGAACACUAAUACAUCCACAUAAACUCAAGCAGAGCUUAGCGAGUAUCUAUAAAAUAACAUUAGAUAUAUAAUAUCUUUACUGCUAACUUAUUUAUACACUAACUAAUCACUGCCACAAAUGGCCUAUUUAUAAGAAUUAUAUUCAACAAUGUUGUAUAAUUAUCUGUUGUGACAUAAAAUUUAAAACCAAAGUUUAGACUUUCGGCUGUUUUUUGAACACCAGGUCUAGUCGCCUAAAAUGUGAACAUUUUGUUGAGAUGUUUAUUUACAAAUAUUUAAAUGUAUAAUUAAGAAUCACUGAUGUUGUACGAUCACGUAGUUUUAUCAUGUUUGUCAUUCGCCUUAAAGUUACUAGAGAUUAUUGCAAGUGCCCAGCACUGCCCACGCGAGAUUCCAUGCUAUGGCCAUGCCAUGUUAUCAAAACCUGUAUUUACUUCCUAGAUGAAGCAAUAAAUACAUCUCAUUUGUAUUAGCUUUAUUUUCGUAAUUUGUAUUUGUCACAAACAUUUAGAAUUAUUCAUGUUAUCAUUAAUUAUUACUGUAUUAAGUAAAAUCAUUUUAUUAUCA